UUAUGCGUGACGUUGUAUAAAGGAUGUCUCAUAAGUAACCUGGCUGUGAACUUGCUUCCAGCACUCUUACCAAAUAGUUUUUUUUCAACGCCUUCUUAUCACACAGGCUUGAGUCAGUCUGCAAGUUUCCCUACUGCGUAUUAGUUGAGGUGAAAAGAGUGUUCGCGUCUACUUUGCAGCGUUUUACCGUUGGAGGCGUGCGUGGUGUCUCCCACCAGCUGAAAGUCUCCCGCCGUCCACGAUGCUCUCCUCGGGCAGGACCGCGUCCUCCCGCUUUUGCUGGCCUCUUCAGAGGCUCUGUCCCCGGCUGAGCUGGGAACGGAGAGCCGCCGCCAGCACUCAACGGAAAGAACUGAUCAAGAAACGAGACCUGGUCCAAGAUGAGCUGCGGCCCCUCUACAUGGACUUCCAGGCCACCACACCCAUGGAUCCUCGCGUUCUGGAUGCCAUGUUACCCUACCAGGUGAAUUACUACGGCAACCCUCACUCCAGGACGCACGCCUACGGCUGGGAGAGCGAGGCCGCCAUGGAGACCGCAAGGAAGCAGGUGGCCGAUCUGAUCGGCGCCGAUCACCGAGAGAUCAUCUUCACUAGUGGAGCCACCGAGUCCAACAACAUGGCCGUUAAGGGCGUGGCCCGCUUCUACCAGGGCAAGAAGCGUCACGUGAUCACCACGCAGACGGAGCACAAAUGCGUUCUGGACUCGUGUCGCGUUCUGGAGGCGGAGGGAUUCCGCGUCACCUACUUGCCCGUGCAACCCAACGGACUGAUCGACCUCGAGUUGCUGGAGGCGUCCAUGACUCCUGACACGUCUUUGGUGUCCAUCAUGACGGUCAACAACGAGAUCGGCGUCAUGCAGCCCAUUAAGGAGAUCGGUCGUCUUUGCCGCUCCAAGGGCGUGUUCUUCCACACGGAUGCCGCACAGGCCGCCGGGAAAAUUCCCAUCGACGUGUCGGACGCCAACAUCAACCUCAUGUCUAUCAGCGCCCACAAGAUCUACGGACCCAAAGGUGUGGGCGCGCUUUACGUACAGCGGCGGCCUCGGGUGCGACUGGAGCCCCUGCAGAACGGCGGCGGCCAGGAGAGGGGUCUGCGCUCGGGGACGGUGCCCACGCCGCUGGCAGUCGGCCUGGGGGCCGCCUGCAGCAUCGCGCAGCAAGAGAUGGGGUACGACCACCAACGAGUAUCCAUGCUGGCAAACCGUCUGGUCCAGAAGAUCACAUCUCAGCUCCCUGACGUGAUCAUGAAUGGAGAUCCGCAGCAGCGCUACCCUGGGUGCGUCAACUUGUCGUUUGCCUAUGUGGAGGGAGAAAGUCUUCUGAUGGCACUCAAGGACAUUGCGCUAUCGUCCGGCAGCGCAUGUACGUCAGCCUCUCUGGAGCCAUCGUACGUCCUCCGAGCCAUCGGAGCCGAUGAAGAUCUCGCCCACUCCUCCAUCAGGUUUGGAAUUGGCCGCUUCACCACAGAGGAGGAAGUGGAUUUCACAGCGGAGAAAUGCAUCCAGCAUGUUAAAAGACUGCGGGAGAUGAGUCCUCUGUGGGAGAUGGUGCAGGAAGGCAUCGACCUGAAGAGCAUCAAGUGGACACAGCACUAGACCCCACCCACCUUCUUCGCUUCACUUCCUGGUUGACACCCUCGAAAUGAAUUUGAUUAUAUUUUCCGUCUUUGUAUUGCCGCACUCAAAACACGCACAAAUGUCCUUUGAGGUUCCAGAGUGUCCUGUUUGCUUGAGCUUUCCUGUCACAUGUAAUGCAGUGACAUUCGAGAGUUAAAAUCUCUGUCGUAGAUACCAAAAUACAUUUGGAUUGUUAUCUGCAGGAGGGAGCUACCAAAGCUAACACCAAUAAUAGUAGAUGCAUUAUUUUGUAUUGAGUGGUGUCUGUCUUGUGACUUCAACCCGUCUGCAUAGUAUUCACCAAACAUCACGUCAGUGUGUUCGCAUCUUGGUUAGUGCAGCCCACACACAUUUACAAUACUAUUCAAUAAAGAAUAUUAUUAAUCAUUCAAAA